GCGUCGCUGGCCCGGGGCCCCGCGCCAGGUGCCCGGCCCCGGCACGCGCACAGCCAUGGUGGGCCGGCUGAGCCUGCAGGAUGUGCCGGAGCUUGUGGACACGAAGAAGAAGGGCGACGGCGUCCUAGACAGCCCGGACUCGGGGCUGCCCCCCAGCCCCAGCCAUUGGGGACUCGCGGCGGCCGGGGGCGGCGGCGGCGGCGGCGGCAGCGGCAGCGGCGGGGAGCGCACGCCCGCCCCUGGGGCGCUGGAACCCGACGCUGCGGCACCCCCCGCGGCCCAGAAUCCAGCCUCACUCCCCGCCCCUCUGGCCUCCGGUUGCUUGCCAAGGUUAUGCCCCCUGUCCUUUGGCGAAGGAGUUGAGUUUGACCCCUUACCACCGACGGAAGUAAGGUACACUUCCUCAGUCAAGUACGAUUCAGAGCGGCACUUCAUCAACGACGUCCACAUGCCCCUGGGCCUGGCAGUGGCCUCCUGCAGCCAGACAGUCACCUGCGUCCCCAAUUGUACGUGGCGCAACUACAGGGCUGAGGUGCGCUUUGAGCCCCGCCACAGGCCUGCACGCUUCCUCAGCACCACCAUCGUCUACCCCAAGUACCCCAAGACCGUCUAUACCACCACCCUGGGUUACAACUGUCGGAAGACACUGAGAAGGUUUCUGUCCAGCGUGGAGCUCGAAGCCCCCGAGUUUGUGGGCAGCGAAUGCCUCUCGGAUGAAUGCUGACUCGCGCGGGCUGGCUGGGUUGGACCAGCUCCUCCGCUGCCCUGGUCCCCAGACGGCCCUGGUCACGUUUGGCACUGCUGCGCCUAUGUGUCCCUCCAGGCCCAGAGGAGUCUGGUCUAGAGACACUGCUAAGCCCAGCCUGGGGGAGCACCAAGAUAUCCUUGCAUAUGGUUGUUAUUGAGGAAAUUUGUUUUUAAAUAUUUUUUAAUUGUUCUUAAGGGCAGUGUAUUUUCUGGUUUGCUGCUGCAUAUUUGCCCCCAAGCCUCAACUUGGUGAGAAAAUAAAAGGAAAUGAGAACAAAAGGAAAAUGGCAAAAAAAUGGCAAUGGGGGUCCCUGUGGAUGGCUUCCAUCUGUCCUGAAAGCAGAAUCAAUAGCUCUUCCCUCCAUUGGUCAGCUUGUCUGAGGAAGGGCGUGGAAGAAGUCUCUGGGAUGAUGGAAAAAUUGAGUUUGAAGAAAUUUCAGCCACGGGAGUCUUCACUACUAGAAAAGUAGUGCAAAUUCAGUAAGUUGUGACACCCAUAUGGGUUCAAUCUGUGGAGAGUUGAGUUCCAUGCCAGUUUUUACUUCCAUUUGCAUUUCCUGUCAACCAAAACUCUUGGAAUUCUCUAAAUUGUUUUCAUGAUAUCAAAACCCCCCAAACUGCAAUAUAAGAUGGUUGGGGGAAGAAAAAAAAGCAGAAAACGUUCAUUUUGUUCUUGCCUGCUUGAGGGACGUUAGGUUAACGGGCUGCUGAGUUCAGGAGCAGUGGCUUCUGUUCCGAUUCUUUCCACCGGUAGGUUCUGAAGCGAAGACUCUGGCAGAGCGCCUUGCCUCCUUGGCGUCUGGUGAACGUCUCCACGGGCUUGUGUAACUCCCCCGAUACGUACUUUAGGGUUUCCAAAUACUUUCCUAUUUUUCAUAAGGCAAAACGCAGCAAAGGGCCCUUCUGAGAGAUAACAGCAUUUUGAAAGAAUGCUUUGGAAAACACUUCUGGAGCUCCAUGAGGGCGGUUUCACUUGACGCCCAGCGGGAACCCACGGCCACACGUAAGACUCGAUGCCACUGGGAGGAGGUAGCUGUGGAUGUUUUUGGUGAUCUGGUUCACUGUGGUAGGUGUCACUCUCGGGGGAUGGGGGAUUGACUCACUGUAAGGACUUUGGUUGUGUCAAAAUUGCAGAGAAAUCCUGCCAGUGCCUUAGGUCUGAUCCAAAAAGCAAGGAAAUCACCGCUCAGGCUAAGCAAAGUUAAAUUCAGAAUAGGGAAUAAUGUCACAAUUCAAACUCCAAAACCUGGACACUGUAGUGAUGGUAUAAAUGUCUCUUUAAAUUUUCAUUUUAACAUAGUGAAAAUCACAGAGUUGGGUGCUAACCGAAGAUCUUCCCAAAGAAGCUCUGUGGAUUCAGCUGAACCGGCUGAGGAAGCAGGGACGGCCACUGGUUCAGUCAGCCCCUCUCAGGACCUCACACCGCCACCCCACCAUCCCCAGCACUUGCUUCUUCCUCCUGCCAAUCCCUGUGGCUUCUGACUAAAGAAAGUGGCAGGCGGCUUUUUUCUUCCAAGUAUUGGAAAGAAUAAACCAUGGAUAUUUCAAUUGGCUACAUCUAAAUUGACACAGUGGCUGCAACAAUGGGCUCAGACAUAGCAACCAUUAGGAGGAUGGCACAGGACCGGGCGGUGCUUCGUUCUGUUGUACAUAGGGUCACUGUGAGUCGGAACCGACUCGACAGCACCUUACAACAACACGUCUAAAUCAUGUCAGGUGAUCAAGGGUUUCCGAGCGCUGUGAACUCAGACUCCCGCCAUAAUGCUGGGUCCCUGUGGAUGGCUCCCAGCUGUCCUGAAAGCAGACUUGAUAGCUCUCUGGGCACCCUGGAGCCACAGCAGGGAUUUUUGUUACAGUCAAAGCAGGUGUGAUGAUAAUCACCCUCAUUUAAAGUCAUUGGAGGCCUGGAGAGCCGAAUUGUCUGGUGUCCUUUUCAGACGUAACUGUUCAGUCGUUGUGCUCCUAGCCGAUCGGGCACAUCUCGUUGGACAGGUGCCUACAGUCGGUGUAAUGGUCCCAAGUUUGCCAGGGUGAAGCCAGGAGGGCACUUGGGGACCCCAGAGUCUCCUCCAUCAGCCUACAGAGCAACAAACGCUUCCUGCCUUUGGAAGAGCAAAUGACAGCAUGUACUUCUAAAAAUUGAUUUUUCUAUCCAGCUUCAUAAUCUUGCCAUUAAGUGCUAAAUGUAAUUUUUAAAUUGUGUUAAGAGACUCCCCAAGGCUUUGCUCUGGCCAGAUGGAAGCACUUGAAUGAGUUCAGAACGUUAUUGAGGGCAGCCCAGCAGGAGUCCCUGGGGGGUGCAAAAGGUUAAGCACUUUGCAACUAACCAAAAGGCCGGCAGCUAGAAUCCAUCCAGAGGUGCCUUGGAAGAAAGGCCUGGCAAACUACUUCCAAAAAAUCAGCCAUGGAAAACCCUAUGGAGCACCGUUCUACACCGACACACAUGGGGUUGCCACGAGUCAGACUCGACGGCAACUUUUUUUUUUUUUUAUGGCUGGAGAGAGAAGUGUGGGAGAAUAUGCCUUUUAAUGCAGCCACAUUUUAAGAUGUCCUUAUGAUCAUUCUUUGGUUUAAGGAGGUCGUGUUAAGUUUGGGCACAUACUUCUAGGUGUGGAGAGAAUCUGAAACGUAUCAGUGAAGUAAGUGGAAGCGAGUGAUUGUAAAGGAACAGUAGGAAUGGAGGAGCAGGUUUUGCUAAGUUAUUCACUGGGGAACCAACUGUAGUUCUUUCUAACCUUUUUUUCCCUCCAAAUCUGCUUUGCUGAAAGUUGCCGAAAAGGAAGACAUAAUGAAACGCGUUCGUGUAGAUGUGGAUUGAGUGACAUAAAUCAAUAGGCUGUCCCUGUGCGUUCACGGUGACGUUUUAAAAUUCACUGGUUAAAAACCAACAUUCCUAAGUGUAUCUGGGAGAUACAGUUUAUGUGUUAAUUAAAAAGCUUUUUUUCUCAGUCUUUUAAAUUAUGUUUUUUCCUGUAAUAAGUGAUUUGUAUUUUUAAAAGUUACUUUCUUUUCAAAUCACAGAACUUUUUGUAAAAAACUUAAUUUGAAUGAGUAAAUUUUCCUUUGACAUUCUUCCUGUUCCCAGCCUUAGGAAAUCCCGACUGGUAUUUGACACAAACCAUUGUUUAGAUUUCUCUUUGACACCUGUCCUACAUCAUUUCGCUUUGUGACUUCUUCAUUUAACAAUAAAUUAUCUAAAAAUAAAACUUAAAGAUGUUUCUCA